AUGGCAGACGACUACAGUGAUAUGUCGCCAAAAGGGUACGACUUGAAUUCCCACAAUAAUGAUGAGAAGAAAUUGCGACUCCAGGAGACGGAGCCACCCAAAAAAAAGAAAAAACCUCGACCAUUCCGCGACAACCUGCAGGAGUUUAUGUCCAACACGACUUUACACGGUUUUAGAUAUAUUGCUGAUAAGAACUUCACAUCUGUAGAAAGGGUGUGGUGGUUUUUCAUGGUGGUGAGUAGUAUAGCAGUGUGCGCCAUAUUCAUACGUAAAGUGUGGAUCAAGUGGGACGAAUCACCUGUUAUUGUCAGUUUUGCGGAUACCUCGAAUUCUGUUUGGCAUAUUCCAUUCCCAGCAGUAACUCUAUGUACAGAGACAAAACCAAAGCAGACGGUGUUUAAUUUUACAAAAAUAAACUUCGACCUGAAGGAGGAUCGGUCCAAAGUGUCUCCAGAGGACCUUAAAACGUUCCAAGAUAUGCUGCUUCUCUGCAACUAUGCAUCUGAUCCUAAUGGAGGACCUGAAAUUGUUGAAGAUAUCCAGAGCUCUAUAGCAACGCUACAGCGGUUAGCUCCAACGCGCGACGAUGUUUUCCUGGACUGCCUAUGGGACACAUUAAACUGCGAGCAAAUGUUCUAUCAUACACUUACAAAAGACGGAUAUUGCUUCACCUUCAACAUGUUGUCUGCUGAAGAGAUGUUUAGAACAGAGAAUCUUCACAAGGACUACUACCAUGUGGCUGGUCACAAUAAAAGCGCUUGGACCCUGGAGCGAGGAUAUCCCCCGGGUGAGACCAUCAAGACUUACCCACGACGUGGACCUAGUUAUGGCGGCGUUGAGUUCGAAGUUAUUUUGCUAACUGACAUUCGAGAUUUAGAUCAAGUGUGCCGAGGCCCGGUUCAAGGAUUUAAAAUAUGGCUCCAUAACCCAGCAGAAUUGCCCAACAUGGGUCAGAACUUCUUCCGGUUGCCCAUCAAGCAUCAAUCGGCUGCAGCAGUCACGCCGCGCGUCACGGCCACCUCCGACGGCCUGAAACAUUAUCCACCACAUAAACGUAACUGUUUCUUCCCUGAGGAGCGAUACCUGAGUUUCUUCCGCAUUUAUACGCAACGUAACUGCGAGCUUGAAUGCUCGUCCAAUCAUACAGCCUACCGUUGCGGUUGUGUUCCUCUUUAUAUGCCUCAUGGUCCUGAUACAAAAGUCUGUGGCCCUGGCAAGAGACAGUGCGUUACUAAUGCUUUCGAGGAACUGUCGCUCUCAAAAUCGGCACUGGACGAGGACUCCAAACACUUGACGAAGAAGUGCGACUGUUUAGAGGCGUGCACGGAACUGAAGUACGACGCGGAGGUGUCUCAAGCGGUGUACGAUCUCACUACAUACAGACGACACUCCAAUCCUGAUAUCGCUCAUGGAUGGCGCUUGCCUUCCGGCUUGGUGGUGUACUUCGCCGAAGAACUGUUCACGUCACUGCGACGUUCGGAGCUGUACGGCGGCGUUGACUUCCUGGCCAAUUGUGGUGGCAUCAUGGGCCUCUUCAUGGGUUUCUCUUUCCUUAGCGUCAUCGAGAUCAUUUACUACUUCACUCUGAGAUUGUUUUGUCGAAUACGUCAGUCCUCAACAGUGGUAGCAGAAUGAAUGUUGCAGUCUAUUCUAUUUUUUCAUUAUAAGUUUAGCUAAUUUUAUUAUUAUAUAAAUACAA